AUGCGGCUGCCCGACGGCGACAAGCUGACUGGGAAUAUGUACCUGGACGGCCCCGCGGUGGAGCCCAGCUACGUCGCCUUGCGCAGAGCUGGGGCGAUCGCGCAGUGCGACGACGACGGCAACGUGGUGGCUGGCGUCUACGGCACCGCGCAGCGGGACCUGUGGCCGCAGCAGACGGACAAGGACGGCGAUGAUUUCGCGGUCUGGAUGCUGCGCAACUACGCGGGGGCAGCGGUGGUGGAGCUCAACGUCGAAUGCAGAUCCACGGUGUCAUGCCUGCGGCGCGGGCGCGCCUACGCCACGACCGCCAACAGGCUGAACACCCACCUGCGGGCGAGGGCCCACGCGGCCUUCGAGCAGGGGGCGUUCGCGGUGAACAAAGCGCAAGCACACUGCACCAGACAGGCCGUCCUGGAUGGGAAAUUGACCAAGGUCAAGCGGCGCGGCAACGUGCACGCCGACAGGCUGGUCAAGGCUUCGAUCGCCCUGCAGGGCAUCGAGGCCAAGGACACCGAGGGCAUGCCUGAGCGCGACGAGCGGCGCCACGUCCAGUCCGCGGAGCUUGCCGAGGAGCCCCCGGCCGACGAGCAGGAGGCGAACCGCAGGCGGCUCGGCUGCCCCGGCGACGACGAGGAGGAGGUCAUGGCGCGCCCCUGCCGCGGCGCCCACGCGCGGGUCGGAGAGGGCAGCGGGGCCCAGCCAAAACUGAAGAGCUCAGGCGUCGGGCACGCGCGGGCCACGGCAAUCAGGGUCUUGGCCAGCCAGCGGAGCCUCUGGGAGCAGGGCGCCCACCCUGCAGGGCGCCCAUGGCAGGCGCGGCAGCGGCAGCGGCGCCAGGAGAUGCGCGAGCUCCGCAAGGAGCAGGCAGUCCCCGAG